GCUCAGUCAGUCAGUCGUGCGCCGUUCACCUCGGGACUUGUGAUUUGCUAGUCGGUAGAUCAAAACUGAAAUAAAAGUAUUCGCUGUCUUUCAUAUAUUCCUACCUACCCUGAGAGCACACCGCAUACAUAGAACCACGGAAGUGUAAAACAAUUUCAGAACACUUAUUUCAUAUUUGCAUAAGUGAUUACCGAAGCUGAUACUGAGUUGUGGUGCUCAAACAAUUUGCAAUAUUUAGUUAAUUGAUUCCCGAUCACAUCGUACAACCUUACGCUUAAUAUCAGUGUGUGCAUGUGUAAUGGCGUUUUUGCGUUCAAUUUGUGCUCAACGUGCCACAACAAACUUAGUUUAUAGUCGCAAUAAGAGCAAUAGGAGCACAACCUCCGGUUGGAGUGUUAGAAGUAAGGCUACAACUGCCUCACCUAUAUCUGCAACAGCAGGAUCAGCGAGCCAUCAAGACUUCCGUCAUGACAUUGAUCGUGACCAAGACGAUUUAACAUAUUCAAAAACAUCAAAGUGUCAGAUAAAUCGGCGGCAACAGCAGCAUCGUGAACUCCUAAGCAAUAUCCUUUAUUCGCCAGAUCAUACGUCACGGCAUUCAGUGUUCACAAAAAGUUCUUUGAAUCGCUCUGUAGUAACUGCACGACAAGAGGCUGAGCCUGAAGUAAAACGGCCACGGUCACACAAGCCCACGCAGCAACAACAACCAGAUGUUCCAAUUAACCCCCAACGUGAUCCAUUGGAUGCCAGUUUCAAUGACCCUGUCGCGGCAUUCAAAAGCAAAACAACAUGGGAGUUAAUACGAGCCUAUUUGGUGUACGCUGUUUGUUCUAUUGAAACUGUAGUGGAUAAUAAUCACAAGUUGAUGAAGAUCGCCAACACAUUGCUCGGUGACAAGUUGUUUACAAUGCUGAUGAAGGCUACGUUCUAUGGGCAUUUCGUAGCUGGUGAAGAUCAAGUCAAAAUCAUCCCAACACUAGAAAGACUACGUUCCUUUGGCGUUAAACCAAUUCUUGAUUAUUCCGUAGAGGAAGAUCUCUCCCAGGAGGAGGCUGAGAAGCGUGAAGUUGAAUCUUCAGUUUCUAGCGUAGGUGACAUCAAAGAUGAUGGUGCGAUACCACAAUACCACGUGGACAAGUCAUUCGCGGAUCGUCGUUACAAAGUGAGCAGUGCUAGGACAUAUUUCUACUUAAAUGAAGCAACAUGUGAGCGUAAUAUGGAAAUAUUCAUAAAAUGCUUGGAAGCAGUAUCAGGCGCAACCUUUGGCACAGGUAUCACGGCAAUCAAGCUUACAGCCCUUGGACGACCACAAUUACUGCUUCAAGUCUCCGAAGUAAUUAUGCGCACCCGCAAAUACAUGGAGGACCUAGUCGGUGGUCAAGGCAAUGUUCUGUCUCAUCACAAGACGAUCAACGAUUUGGAAAAGUACUAUUCGAGCUUGGGUGACAAUAAAAAUGUACAAGAUUUCUUGAAGAAUGUUACGUCGGACAAGGAGGGUAUUCUUCACUUAUUCCCCUGGUCGGGUAUUGUGGACGAAGAUUCCCAAUUAAGUGAUACUUUCCGCGUUCCGGACCCACAAACAGGACAAAUGCGCCGAUUGAUCUCACAAAUUCCGCCCAAGGAAGAAGAAAUGUUUAGGAAUAUGAUUCGACGCGUCAAUACAAUUGUUAAGGCUGCAGCUGAGCUGGAUGUCCGCAUAAUGAUUGACGCAGAACAGACCUACUUCCAGCCUGCCAUCUCGCGCAUUACUUUAGAAAUGAUGCGAAAGUACAAUAAAGAAAAGGCGAUCGUAUUCAACACUUAUCAAUGCUACUUACGUGAAGCAUUCAAGGAGGUGUGCACCGAUUUGGAACAAGCGAAACGCCAGAAUUUCUAUUUUGGUGCUAAAUUGGUACGCGGAGCUUAUAUUGAGCAAGAGCGCGAACGUGCUGCCAGCAUGGAUUACCCAGACCCGAUCUGUCCCAAUUAUGAGGCGACCACUGAUAUGUACCACCAAACGUUAACUGAAUGCCUGAGACGAAUAAAGUUACUUAAGGACAGCGGAGAGGAUGCUAAAAAGAUUGGUAUUAUGGUCGCUUCACACAACGAGGACACCGUGCGAUUUGCCAUUGAAAGGAUGAAAGAAAUCGGAAUAUCACCGGAAGAUAAAGUGAUCUGCUUUGGUCAAUUACUAGGAAUGUGCGACUACAUCACAUUCCCGUUAGGUCAAGCUGGGUAUUCCGCUUACAAGUACAUCCCUUACGGACCAGUAAAUGAAGUUUUGCCAUAUUUGUCGCGGCGAGCCCAGGAGAAUAAGGGUGUUCUAAAGAAAAUCCAAAAGGAAAAACGUCUGUUGCUUUCCGAAAUCCGUCGUAGAUUUUUUACUGGUAAAAUAUUCUACAAACCUAAGGGGAAGUAUGUUCCCAUAUAAACUUGCGUCAUUGAAAUAAGUCCAUUACACAAAUGAAAAAAUAAAUGAAAAACAAACACAGACAUGAUGAAACAAAAGAAUGGUGAUGUCUAUUAUGAAAGAUACCUGGGGGUCACCAAGCACCGAACUCAUACGCAAAAUAUCAUGGCUGAACCAAAAAAAAA